ACGGUGGUAGCAGUGGCGUAUCGCGGGGUGUGCCUUGAGUUUACGUUAAGGGGAGAAAUAGUUGAGAUAAACGUCACCAGAAAAAAAAACUAAUUAAAUUGCCAAAAUACAACCAGAACCACCCAACAGCAGCGGUGUUCAGAUUCGUUGCGUGGACAGGGGUAAUAUCCCUUUAAUUUCAGUUAUCUGGGCCUGGCGAGGGAGGAUAAUCCCCGGGCUCACCUGUGGACUGGGGCCGGGAAAAGGUCGGGGAGAGAGAGGACGGGGAGAGGCGGAGAAGAGCCGUGGAAUUCUGUCUUUGAAAUAGGAAGCUGAUUAUCUGUACUCCGGAGGCCAAAAUAGUACGACAAAAAAAUAACGUUUACCACAAGCUGUACUGUGAGCAGACGACUGGAGUAAACGAACAAGCUGAUUUGGGAGUUUAUUUUCUUUAAGUUCAGUUUUUUCCGCUGACAUCUCUUAUUUAUACUACUGGCAGAGAUGCUUACAACCUGUCUAUUGGAAUAAGAGUUUUCCUCAAUGGGAAAAAAAACAGCAUGACUGCAGAUGAGAGUGGAAAAGCACUCGACUAACGAUCAUAAAGAGUUAAAUAUAUCAUAUAGGUGUGGUACGCACAUAUAUAGUAGUUAAUUACAUAUCAAUAUAAGGGCGUGUUCAACUGGUUACUAGAAUGACAGACUCCCGACUUUCUUAAGUGUUCUAUAAAAAUUAAAAAAAGAAAAAAUCUUAUAGGAUUCAUUUUUUGAUUAUCCUUGAUUUUCUUUUUCCCCUUAAGUUUACUAGCUACCAGUAUUGCUACUAGUAACCGUUUGCUUUCCUCAUUAAUAUUUCAUUAAUGGUUUACUGUGUGUGCUCAAGAUUUAGCUUAUUUUCUACACCAGGCCAUCUCUGUAUUAAUAUACUGAUGGGACCGGUUUUAAUAAUAAAGCAAAUUAUUUGUUUGGAUGCUGCUGUUUUUUGAACGCUGGAUGUAUUCCAGCAGAGAAAUCCAAACACAUCUCUUUAGUGUUUUUCUGCUUUUGCAAUUUCAAAUCUCUUGAAGACAUUAAGAUCUAGUGCCACAGCAUUUACUUUACUUUUAUUCAGUAACUGAAUAAAAAUGAACCGCUAUUUGCCAGUCGCCCGCCAACACUUUCUGGCUGCCCUAGCCAGCACUAGUGUGGUGGUCAAAGCCAUCUGUGCCAUAGUUAUCCUUUUGUACCUGCUCUCUCUAGUGGUGGACACUGUCUACAUGCUGGGGGUGACACCUGGCUUUCUCUUUCCUCCGAACUUCUGGAUCUGGACCCUGGCCACCCACGCGGUGACAGAACAGCACGUGUGGGAUGUGGUGGUUAGCCUGGCCACGGUGAUCGUGGCCGGGAGGCUGCUGGAGCCCCUGUGGGGUGCCUUGGAGCUGCUCAUCUUCUUUGCCAUCGUCAACGUCUCCGUGGGCCUCCUGGCCGGCUUCUCUUACUUGUUCACCUACAUGUCCACCUUCAACCUGGACUACCUGUUUGAGGUGCGGAUCCACGGCAUGCUGGGCUUCUUGGGAGGAGUGCUGGUGGCCCUCAAGCAGACGAUGGGUGACUCCACAGUGCUGCGCGUGCCCCAGGUGCGGCUCAAGGUGGCCCCCAUGCUGGUGCUGCUGGCCCUGGCUGUCCUGCGCUUCACCACAUUGAUUGACACUACGGCCCCACUAGCAGCGUACGGCUACGGCGUGCUGUCCGGGUGGGUGUACUUGCGGUUCUACCAGAAACACAGCCGUGGCCGGGGGGACAUGUCAGACCACUUUGCCUUUGCCUCCUUCUUCCCAGAGAUCCUGCAACCACUGGUGGGCCUCCUGGCUGGGCUGGUGCACAGCAUACUGAUCAAGGUGAAGGUGUGCCGCAAAACCGUCAAGCGGUAUGACGUGGGAGCGCCUUCCUCCAUCACCAUCAGCCUGCCUGGCACUGACCCUCAAGAUGCUGAGAGGAGAAGGCAGCUUGCCCUGAAGGCUUUGAACGAACGUCUGAAGCGAGUGGAGGACCAGUCUGCCUGGCCGAACAUGGAGGAGGAGGAGGAGGACGACGAAAGUGGAGCUGACGUGCCUCUCCUCCCUGGACGUGAGGCCCCAUCCGCUGCUGGGGCGGGCGGGGGCCAGGAGUCCAGCAUCAUCAGCUUUGAGGACGCACCUUUACAGUCCUAAUGCCACAGCUAAGACAAGACUGACGUUAGAGCAACAGAGAGAGAUACGCAUUCAGCUCCUAACCAUCAGGAGGGACCUCCUUGCACUUGUUAAUGGGAAAAGUAACAGUUAAAACAAAAUUAUAUAUGUAAAAAAAAUCCUAUGUCAGCGCUCGAUCCAUUUACACUUGGGGCAGGGGCAGGUUUUUAUUUCUCUUUCAGCCAAUAGGUGUAAACUCUAAAGUCUGCCGGACAGUUUCCCUGACUUGCCAGACGCCUGCUGGAAUUUCGUUGUUAAAUUCCAUGUACCGUGUUGUUUCCUAACAAAGUAGGUUUCAUCUGAAAGUGCUACAUAAACAACUUGUAGGAUACCCUUUGUGCUACCAGUUAGUCAUGGUUGUGUCCGAUUUGUAAACCUUUCGUUUUAUUUUAUUUUUUUUUCACAUAAACUUUAGAAAUGCUUGCAAACGCUUCCAUUUUCUUUUUUAAAUGCUUAAAGGUCUGUUUGUACUUAAAUAAAUCUUUGAAAUUGUGAAAUCUUGCUACUUGAGAGAUGUACUCUAUCUUAAAUGAUCAGUUUUGUGAAUUUGCUAGGCUUUGCAGAAUAAUUGUCGUGUUCAAUUUCUGUAGACUAUCGCAACAGUCCCACACUCCUGAAUCAUCCUUUUGCUUUAACAUGUGGAAUAAAGAUCUUGUAUAACAAAAA